AUGACUUUCGUCCCGAUAGUGAGGCAUUGGUCCAACCGCAAAAUCCUGGUGAAGCUUGCCACCUUCCUCACAGCUUUCCUCAGGUACCAAAUUCCCUCUGCCCAGCGACGCGUCUACUUCGAAGAUGGAGCCUCUCUGGACGUGAGCAAGUCCAUGUCCUUCAAGAACCUGGAGAGGUACUGUGUUGCCCCCAUCACAAGCGGAGCAGCACCGCUCUCCUCCUACGACUUCUGGGCGGUCGGCGUCAACUGCUGCGAUGGCGCCCGUGGGGACUUCCGCUGCGGAGAGUACAGCAACCCGAAGGCCCGCGCGGGUCUGCGCUUGAUGCGCGAUGACCAGAGGCCGUUCUUCCGGUUGGCAGUGCAGCAGGCCGAAGCGGCGUACAACAUCAAGGCGAACCAUCCGCUCUUCUUCUACUGGAUGCAGGAUCCAGUCGCAGAGACGAUGAGCUACAAAGCCUCAGGCCUGUCUCAUGCGCUGAUGGCAGUGUCUGGCCACUUCGUGUUCAACCUGCUCUGCGUAGCAGGUGUGUCAUGGGCCUUCUCCAAGAUCUCGCACAAGUUCUGA